CAUCAUAAGAUCGACGUGCGGGAAAAUCAUUACAUUUUUCGGACCGGGAAGAGGAUAGAUUGUUUAUGUCUGAAUCUUAGCACGUUUUUUACGGAUUUCCUUUCCGAUAGGGUGAAAAGACUUCAAAAUCUGGAAUCAGAGCGUUACGUCCUACAUCGUUAUGUAGCAGAAAGUGGUGGAAGGAUGCAAUUCGUUCCCGUAACUGCAUGUUGCUUCUGACCCCCCUCCCCACCUUGAUGCUUGGUUACUAUCAACAACUUGUGGGUCGUAUACUUGCAAAUUUCAAGACGAUUUCCUGAUCUUUCAUACUUGGUAGAGUGCACAUAACCGAGGUGUCAAGAUGAUGGAAUUAAACCUAUCCCGUGUUGACUACACGCAGGUGGCAGUAACUUCUCCUAAGACCAUGAAGCUGCUACCAGCAUCAGGGAAGAGAGCUAUUCAGAAGGUGACUGUAGGAGACCACGAGGGAGUUGUAACAUGUUUUGGGAUGAAGAAAAAGGAAACAGUGCCGGUGUUUAAGACCCUCCCCAGCCAGGCUAUCAAGCGGCUGGAGUUGGGAGGACCGCCCGGGUCUGUAGCCGACAGAAUCUUUGUGUCCAGCGGGACGGAGGUCAGAGGUUACUCCAAGAAGGGCAAACAGUUCCUGGGGUUCAACACUAACCUGGCAGAGCCCCCGCAGGCAAUGUAUGUAACAGGCAGUGACCUGUUCCUGACUGGCACCUAUGUGUUCAACCACUUCCACGACCUGAAAGACCAGAACUACUUCCUGGCCCCUGACAAGAUCAACGAUGUCCUGUGUCUGCCGCUGGACAAGUUCUCCCUGCUAACCUCAGUCCUGGCCUGUCAGGACAGGGUGCUCAGGGUGCUACAGGAGUCGGACCUUCUAUAUGAAGUGGAAGUACCUGGUCCACCACAGACCCUUUGUCUCCUCAAUGGCAAUGGAGGUGUAGAGGGGAAUGAGCUGUUGUAUGGAACAUCUGAUGGAAAAGUUGGGAUGGUGCAGAUUAACAGUCUGUCCCCAAGUCACAGAUGGGAGCUGCCCAAUGAGAAAGGUCAUGGAGGUAUUCUGUGUCUGGACAACUAUGACAUCACGUCGGACGGCGUACAGGACCUGUUGGUGGGACGGGAUGACGGGCUGGUGGAGGUCUUCGGUUACAACGAGACAGACGAACCUGUACUACGCUUCAGUCACCAACUGAAUGAGAGUGUGACGUCUAUUCAGGGUGGGGUUGUUGCUACAGCUGGGUAUGAUGAGAUAGUUGCUGCCACGUAUGCAGGCUGGAUCCAGGGUUUGACUACAGAGCCUCAGGAGAAGGAGGCGGGGCCGGGAGACGAGGUGCAAGUCAACGUGGAGACACAGGCCAGGAUCAAGACUCUCAAACAAGAGCUGGAAGAGAUCCAGCAGAAGGUCGCACGCGAGCGUGAGAAGUACCAGGCGACGGCCCACAGCAGCAAGGCCAUCUCAGCCGUCCCCUUCUUCAACAUCAACGACAAGUUCACCCUCAGUAAGGACGACGCCAGUUACACCCUGUCUCUGGAGGUCCAGUCGGCCAUCGAUAAUGUACUACUUCAGAGUGAUGUGCCCAUUGAUCUGCUGGAUGUGGAGAAGAACUCAGCUGUGGUCAGCUUCAGCGCUACGGAGCCUGAGAGUGGGAACUUCCUUCUGGCCACCUACAGAUGUCAGGCCAACACCACCAGGCUGGAGGUCAAGAUCCGUUCCAUUGAGGGUCAGUACGGUACUAUCCAGGCAUAUGUGACCCCCCGUAUCCAGCCCAAGACCUGCCAGGUCAGGCAGUACUCCAUCAAACCCCUGUCUCUACACCAGAGGACACACAGCUUUGAUGAGAGCAGGCCCAUGAAUGUGCUGAAGAUAUCAGGGAACUUCAGCAUGGCCGAGAUCCACUCCUGGGUCUGCUUCUGUCUGCCGGAGCUGCCCGAGAGAACGCCCGUGGGCGACUCUGCAACCUUCUACUUACUCAACACAUUCCUGGACACCCAGCUGGAGUGCACGUACAGGAAGGGAGAAGGCAUCUUCCGAUCAGACAACAUCUCUACUAUCUCCAUCCUGAAGGACGUCAUCACUAAACAGGCCACUCAUCGCAAAGUCAACAUCCAGAUCACAUAUGACCUGUCCGAUGAGUCCAUCCCCCACACACUACAGCUGAUCCACCCCCGACUGGAGUACCAGCUCCUAUUGGCCAAGAAGGUCCAACUCAUAGAUGCACUCAAGGAGCUUCAGAUCCAUGAGACAGACUUGAGCUUCCUGUCGGCAGAAUACGUCAACAUCCUAGAGAACGCUGAUGAACUACAGGCAGAGUACAAACGACAGCCGUGUGCACUGGAGAGGCUUUACGGGAUGAUCACAGACCUGUUCAUAGACAAACACAAGUUCAAGGGUGUGAACGUACGCACCAAGGUCCCACAACUUAUGGAGCUGUUGGACAACUAUGACCUGCAGACUGUCAUUGACUUCUUCCAACUCAACUAGAGAGACUUUUCAUCUAUUCAUCUUCCUGUAGAGAAGAAUCUUUAGAGGUUGAAUGAUGUAUUGUAUAUGGUUACUAGUAAUAUGUUUCCUGAUGUUUUAUUGCAUACAUGUUUAGAUGCACUAAGUACAAAGUCAUGUACUUUAAAUCUUGAAAUAUUUGUGGUGGUUUCAUUUUCACUGUAUUUGAUGUUAAUUCUCCACUGCAAAGUCAUCACACAGCAAAUGAUACGGUUUAUUGGUGAGUAAAGCACUUGAUGUGCCCUUUAUCAAUACAUGUAGAACGUCUCUUUUCGACUGGGAAAUCCCAUAGAACUUAUAUGAAUUUAAAGAGCUUUGUAAGCACCUUAAAUAUGCGUAUUUUAGUACUUAAAAGAUGACGAUGAUAACCAGUCACAAUUUUAUGUGUAAGUGUAUUCCUUGUUUUGUGUAUUGUAUGUCAAUUUGGUCCUAAAAUUUGUGACUUUAAAAAGAGGGAAGAAUAUAGAUAUGUACAUUUUCUGUAUCCUCUAUGACCCUGUAAUUGUGUGUAACAUGUACAGAAUACAAUUGUGCUAUGAUUGUG